AUGAAGAUCCUCUUCUUGAUUUGCGGGUUUCUUCUCGCUGUCGGAUCUCAACAAAAUGACAAUAAAGAAUGGCGCGAAAAUAAUGUGAGUUUGAAUUUUUGAUUUUAGAAUUCGGGAUUGAAGAGUAUAACUUUAGAAAUAUUGGAAAACAAAUUUCAGAGAGUUCCAGUGGAGCAAAUUUUGAAGGAUCAUUCAUCAAAACAAUUCAAAUAUGAAUAUGUUUCAGUUUGUGUGAAUUCAACUGAUGAAACGCUUUUGAGCAUUGUGUAAGUUGAGGGAGGUGGACAAGACUGUGCGGUGAUUGCAUUUAGGCCACGCCCAUUUUUUGGAGGAGAGCAUGUUAAAAUCGCGAAUCAAACCCGAAAAUUGGAUCAAUUUUUGUCAGAAACCUGAAAGUUUAACAUUUUUCAAAAACACUUUCCAAAAAUCUCGGAAACUGUGUUUGAUUCUCCUGAUGUAGUCACGAAAAUUCCUGACCCUCCAGUCUCGUUCUUAUCUCACUCCAAUUAAUUUCAGCCAUGGAAAAGAAUGCAAAGACGCAAAAUCGCGUGUCGCUUUGGGUAAAUAUUCCAACCAAGUGAAUACAACUGGUUGGGGUAUUUUGGAGAUCGAAACAUUCGCCAGUCAUUCCUACGAUGUUCAAGCUUACGCUGCUGGAGUUGCUGAAGGAGAAUUGACUCGUCUUCAAAUUUAUUAUCAUUAUAGAAAUACCAUUGAAUCAAUGUGUGCUAAUCAUACGUAAGGAAUUUACCAUCUAAUGUUUACCCGAAAACUGUUAUUGUUUUCAGCGGUUUCUGUAAACGUCUCUAUGUUUAUCUUCAACAAAAUUUGGAUUGGAUGCGCAGCCAAGUUCUCACUCAACCACCAACUGAUCCAUUCUGGAGUCAAGUUAACCGAACUUUUGCGCAACUUACUGGAAUUUAUGACGCUUAUAGCAAACGAAAUUUGACACCAGAAAUCGGAUUCGAUCUUCAUCCAAUUUAGUGAGAAUUUGUUUUAUUUUCAAAAAAAAUUCCUUUAUAUUUUCAGCAUGAUGCAACUUGCUGGAGAUAUGUUUGAUCUCAACAAAUAUCUCAAUAAAACACCGGGACCAUUAGAAUAUCCAGAAGCUGGAAGAUGUUCUGGUUUUGUCAAACUUGCUCCUGGAAAUGCUGAUCUUUUCAUCUCACACGUCUCGAUGUCUUCAUUGAGUUGGAUGCAAAGAAUUUUGAAGAUCUACAAAUUCGGUUAUGAUGUAAAUGAAGUUCCCGGACAUAUUCUCACAUUUUCUGGAUAUCCUGGAGCUCUUGUUUCAUCUGAUGAUUAUACAUUGACAUCUGCUGGAUUGGUAAGAUCUACAGGUUUAUAUUGAGAACAUAUUUUAUUCUGUUCAGACAAGUAUUGAAACCACAAUUGCGAUUUUCAACAACGAAUUGUAUACUGAUAAAUAUAUGAAUGCUGAAGGACAAGUUCAUUGUUGGAUUCGAUCGAUGGCUUCGAAUUUAUUAUCAAGAACUGGUAAAGAAUGGGUCAAUAAUUUCAAGAAAUACAACUCUGGAACUUAUAAUAAUCAAUGGACUGUUCUUGAUUGGAAACUUUUCAAACAAGGUCAACCAUUGCCAGACAAAGAUGUUCUGUGGAUUCUAGAACAAACACCGUGAGUUGAACUUUGAUUUUUCGUGAAAGGUUGAAAAAAAUUGUCUGAGGAUUUUUGACUCCUAGAAGGCCUAAUUGUCAAGUCUCAGCGCCUAGAAAGAAUAAUUGUCAAAGAUCAGAGCCUACACAUUGACUCUAGCAAGAAGCCGCGCCUUGACAGCUUCUAUGUCAAGUAGUGAAGCCUAGGUAUAUCAAUUGUCAAGGAUCUGCGCCUAUAAGUCUCAUCUGGCAAGAAACCGUUUCUAGAGAAGCGAGGCGUCCAGAAGGUGCGCCUAGAAAGCCAUCUCUGAACUCUGAGUUUAUGAAACAGUUUUUCUAGGAGCUUCGAAAAACCCCUCUGGGGAUUUUAGAGAGGUUUCCUAACUUUUGAGAUAGACUAGAUUGCUCAUCUUAAUCCUCCUCUUCCCUGAAAAUUCCAAAACUUUUCUAAUUUUUUAGAGGAUUCACUGAUCAACGUGAUAUGACUUGGUAUUUGAAACGAUACACUUAUUGGCCAUCCUACAACAUUCCAUAUUUGCCAACAAUCAGUGAAAAAUCCGGAUUCGACGGCAAAGCUCGUCAAUUCAAAUGGUAUGAAUGGGGAGGUUCACCAAGAGCACGCAUCUUCAAUCGAGAUCACAACAAAGUGACUGACAUCGAUACACUUAUGAAAUUGAUGAGAUAUAACGAUUAUACACAUGAUGAAUUUGCUCGUUGUAAAUGCACUCCACUUCCGUAUACUGGAGAAGGUGGCAUUUCGGCUCGUGGAGAUUUGAAUAUUCCUGGGGGAACUUAUGAGGUUGAAUCGAUGGGAUUCCGUGAUCAUGCUGGUUUUGAUUUCAAAGGAACUAAUUAUGAAAUGUUCAAGAAGUUGCAAUUCCGUGCUUGGGGUGGACCACCAUAUGAUCCAUUGCCAGUUUUUGAGUAAGUUUUUUUUAUCUUCAAGGGGAAUUGGAUGAAUUCAUCUGAAGAACAAAUGAAAAAAUGAAGUUAAUUUUAAUUGCGACAAAAAAUGUCGCGAAAUUCAUUUUUUCUUUGGAUAAAUUCAUAUGUAGAAUGCAUCAUCAUUUUUUACAAUUAUGAAGAAAUACCAAUUUCUUUUGAAACGUAUUUUUCCUUCACUAGGAAAGCAAAAAUUGUUUUCAAAAAACCUAGCCAAAAAAGUAACAUCAGUUACUAUUCUAAUAAAACUAUUAAAUAAUUUCGUAACGUAAUUUUGCCAGGUUUUUUGAAAAGUGUUUUUUUUUCAAUUUUAAAAAUUUCACUCGUUUUUCAUUUGAAAAAAAAUUCUGAGUACUGUAUUCAAUUUACGAACCGCAGUCCGGGUUACUGUAGCCAUAUAUUUCGUAUUGGAUUUUUGCUCGAACGCUUUUAUUUGUACUUUUUUUUCACAUAACCCAAAAUAACGUGCAAAGUCAUUACUUCUUUCUGAACGUUCAAAUACUAUUGUUUAUUUAUUUCAAGCUGGAAUCAUACAAAUAUCACUGGUGUUAAUCACUAUGGUCAACCUGAUGUUUGGAAUUUCACAUACGUCGAUUUGGAAUGGGAAAUGGCCACCAAAGUUCAAUUAGAACCAUACAACUAG